UGUAUGUGGAGAGAGAGAGAAAGAGAGAGAGAUAGGUCAAGUCGCAGCAAGCGCCGAGCGGCAAUGUGCACGCAUGCAUAAUGCCAAGCAUAACCAAGUGGUUUAUUUAUAACGUCGCGGAAAUACACUCGGUGCCUUUAUUGUAAAACGUUGUGUAACGCUCGUUGUGUAACGUAAUCAAUGAUACUCUCCGUCCUGAACGUCUACAAACUUACGUAUGCACGUACGUACGUGUACAUAACCCUAUGUAUUUGUGUAUGCAAAUAUGUUCAAUGCGUCCGAUAGUGAAGAUUUCUUCAAAUUGCAUAAAUAAAAAAAGGAAAAAAGAAAAAGAACGAAAAGGAAAAGACAAUGGAUAAUGAGAAUCAAUAAUUACGUCAAAAAUAUAAAUCCUCGGAAAGAUAUACAAUGAUGUAAAUGAGUAAAUAAAUGAUCACAUUGUUUCGACCGACUAGAUAUUUUUCUGACGAAUUAAAAUACGAAGAAAAAAAGAAACAACGAUUUAGUUUUAUUUAUCUCGAGAAGAUACUUCGUUUCUAGAAAAAAUAUUAUAACGUCGAUUGUUUCGAUCGAUCGAUGUUAUUUUGCUUGGGAAAAGAUGGCUACCGUUUUCAAAGGAAGUUACGCCGUUUUAGUAAGAACUUUCGAUAAAAUACGUGGAAAUAGAUGCGAUCGCGUCGCUUUACGGUCUAUUGGAACUCGUAGUAGGUGUGAAAAUGACAGGAAGAGAAUUCGUAUAUCUCUGGGUGUCCUCACAGGUGCAGCCACCACCUGUGGAUCCAUUUUGUAUUUCCUCGACAGCUCGGUCAAGGCCAACAGCGUGCAAGCCAUGCCACCGAGUUACCCCUGGAAGCUCGAUAAAUUUUUGGGUUCUCUCGAUCAUAGUGCUGUACGAAGAGGCUGGCAGGUUUAUAAAGCGGUCUGUAGCGCUUGUCACAGCCUUGAAUUCGUUCGUUUUAUGGAUUUGAUCGAGGUGUCGCAUACGAAAGAGGAAAUCAUUGCUAUUGCGUCCGAAUACGAGAUCGACGAUGGACCAGACGAGGAAGGAAAUUAUUACAAAAGACCUGGAAGACUACCCGAUAAAAUACCGCCGCCGUUCCCGAACGAGGAAGCAUCGAGAGCUGCCAAUAACGGUGCUUAUCCGCCGGAUUUGAGCUACAUAAUAAAUGCCAGAAAAAACGGACGAAAUUAUGUAUUCUCUUUACUUACUGGCUUCAUGGAACCACCUGCAGGUGUGACCCUAACGGAAACCCAACAUUUCAAUCCCUACUUUUUGGGAACUGCGCUCUCCAUGACAGAGUUGCUUCACGAUGGCAUCUUAGAAUACGAUGACGGCACACCAGCGACCAAAUCGCAAAUGGCAAAGGACGUCGUAGAAUUUCUUUCUUGGUCGAGUGGACAAGAUCACGACAAGCGAAAACUGAUGACUAUAAAGGCCAUCGGAAUUGGUAUCAUUGCUCUAACGACCGUAUGGUACAUGAAAAAAAGUAUAUGGUCAGUCGUACUCAAUGAGCGGAUCUUCAGUAUAUCCAGAGAUAAAUGCAAAUAGGAAAGAAAAAAGGAAGAAAGACAAAAACGUUUCCUCCUUCCUUCCUAUCUCAACAGAAUUCUUGAACGAUACGAUCUUUAAAACGUAAGUGCCCAGUUAUAAUAGUUUCUAACGAUUGUACAGUGUAUCAUAUGUAAUUACCGUGUAAUCGACGAAGCAAAAAUAAAAAGAAGACACUAAGAAAAUAAA